CCUCCCCCAACCAGCUCCAGUUUCCAAUGCACGUACAGCCCGUACACACCCCAGCCGAGCGCACCGUGUCCCGGGACACCCCACAGUCAGCCACAUGGCUCCCCUGUGCCUCAGGCCCUGGCUGCCUUUGUUGAUCCCGGCUCCAGUCGCAGGCCCCACAGUGCAACUGCUGCUGUUCCUGCUGCUCCUGGGGCCUGCCCAUCCCCAGGUGCAGGGUGCAGAUUCAUCCGGGGAAGAUGACCCACUGGGCAAGGAGGAUCUGCCCAGUGAGGAGGACCCACCAGGAGGGGAAGACCCACCUGGAGUGAAGAACGAACCAAAAGGAGAGGACGAACUGAAGAUAGAGGAUAAAUCUACCGAGGCUCCCAAGGAUACGGAAGGCUCCCAGAAUAAUGCCCACGGGCACCACAAAGAUGACCACAGUCACUGGCGCUAUGGAGGAGACCUGCCCUGGCCCCAAGCGUUCCCCAAGUGCGCCGGCCGCUUCCAGUCCCCGGUGGACAUCCGCCCGGAGCUCGCCGCCUUCAGCCGGGCCCUGCAGCCGCCAGAGCUCAUGGGCUUUGAGCUCCCGCCGCUCCCGGAACUGCGCCUGCGCAACAAUGGCCACACCGUUCAGCUGACUCUGCCUCCGGGCCUGGAGAUGGCCCUGGGUCCCGGGCGGGAGUACCGAGCUCUGCAGUUGCACCUGCACUGGGGAACACCAGGUAGCCCGGGCUCGGAGCACACGGUUGGAGGCCACCGGUUCCCUGCCGAGAUCCACGUGGUUCACCUGAGCAAUGCCUUUGCCAAAGUUGAGGAGGCCCUGGACCGCCCCGGGGGCCUAGCUGUGCUGUCCGCCUUCCUGCAGGAGGGCCCAGAAGAAAAUGGCGCCUAUGAGCAGUUGCUGUCUCACUUGGAAGAAAUCACUGAGGAAGGCUCAGAGACGUGGAUCCCAGGACUGGAUGUGUCUACACUGCUGCCCUCUGACCUCAGCCUCUACUUUCGAUAUGAGGGGUCCCUGACCACACCGCCCUGUGCUCAGGGAGUCAUCUGGACCGUGUUCAACCAGACAGUGAGGCUGAGUGCUAAGCAGCUCCACACACUCUCUUCCUCCCUGUGGGGACCUGAUGCCUCCCGGCUGCAGCUGACCUUCCGAGCCACACAGCCUCUGAAUGGGCGAGUGGUCGAGACCUCCUUCCCCGUCGUCAGCGUGGAGAGCAGCCCGAGGAGCUCGGAGCCAGUGCGUCUGAACUCCUGCCUCGCUGCUGGUGACAUUCUGGCCCUAGUUUUUGGCAUCCUGUUCGCUGCCACGAGCAUCGCCUUCCUUGUGCAGAUGAGGAGGCAGCUCAGACGCCAAAGUGGAACCAAAGGGAACGUUAGCUACCACCCGGCAGAGGUCACCGAGACUGUCACCUGAAGGCCUGGAGCCUGGAGAAUGUGUGGAGAAGCUGGCCAGAGAAAUCUCAGGGACGGCCAGAGACUUUGUCCGGUCCUGCCCGUUUAUACCACUUCCUUUUUAACCUCCAAAGAAUUUUUU